UCUUCUGCAGACGCCACAGUCAGUUGUGGAUUGAACCACUGAAGCAAUCAAAGACAAAUUGCAGUUAACGGUUUUGCUUUUGUUAAAGAAGUGACGAAAACAAAAUUUCAGUGAUUAAAAUGAAAUUCUUAGCGUUGACAUUAUUUGUUUGCUUGCUGAUUGUUGCUCUGGCAACAGCCGCACCCGCUGAUGAAUCCCUGCCAGGUGACAUAUACGAACAGGAUGAGCAAGGACAACAAAACUUUUUCAAAUUGAAGAAAAUCAAGAAAUUGCUUUUAGGUUAAACUACAUACAAAUCUGUGCAUGCGUACUCGUACAUAUGUACAUACUUAUAUACACACAUACUCGUAUGUACAAACGAAAUACUUAUGCAUAAGAAAUGUGUUUAAAUUAGAAUUUAAGGCUUUGUUACUUGUUCUCCUGAUUGUGUUCAUAGUUGUUUUUGUAAUCACAAUGUUACAGUAAUUUGUUAAAUAAUCUAAUAAGAUUGCUUAAAAGUUUCACACCAGCAUACAUACUUACUGUUAUAUUAUAUAAUGCAUUGACUCAUAUGAUUUGUGUGGAGCAAAGAAGUAUUGCAAAUAUUUCUUUUUGGAAGUACAUACACACCUAGAAUAUAUGUGCAUAUGUCAACAAUAGUUCUGUAAAUAUUGAUUUUAAAUAAAAAAAAUAAUACAAAGUAUCGAAAAAGUAUUUUGGCAAAUAA